ACGUAUUUAUGUCCCCCUUCUUCGCUCUUUUUUCCCUGCCUCUUUAUUUCUCUUCAGCCUCUUCUUUUUUGAUGAAUUUCAUCAACUUCAUACGCACCAUCACAUCGUGUAACAUUGGCAACGCUUGGCUCACGUCUUCUUUAGAUGUUUCUCCUUUCUUCUUCUUUGAUUUGACGAUAUCUCAAAUCUUUUCAUCUUGCUCUCUCAUCUUCUUCUGUGUAACCCAUCGUGCAGAGCAAAAUUGUCCGACGGUCUUCUUAUCAUGGGCAACAACUCCCCUCCUGAGGGAACGUGGUUCUCGCAAGGCAUAACCCCGGAUACUAAUCUCAAUACCUUUGACACGUGGAAUGAGAAAGACGAGAUACAUUCGGAAGUGCAUAAGCGCAACUUUGCUUCGGACAAGUACCUUCGUGGCAGUGUCUUGGGUCAGGGAGGAUGGUCUACUGUGUACAAGAUCCAGAGAGUUGAAGAUGGAAAGCUCCUGGCUGGCAAGGCAUCCACGUCGGUUAGCCAGCUUUAUAAAGAGACAAAGAUGCUUCGCAAGUUAUCUCACAAACACAUUUUGGAGUUUAUUGAGCUUUACAAAGAGCUAGACAAAGAAGACGCUACUCUUCUAAUCACCGAGCUCUGUACUCAAGGAACCCUUCAUAUGCGUAUCAACCACGCUCCUGGCGGUAUGGGCAAAGAAGAAAUCCUUCUAGCCACCAGCCAGAUAUCAGAUGCGCUCGCCUACCUCCAUGGAAGAGGUUAUUUUCAUUCAGACAUCAAGCCGAGAAACAUCCUCGUCCGCCGUCUUGACCCCAUCAGCGUAGCGUUGGCGGACUGCGCUGACUGCAAGAUUCAUGAUUCGUACCGCAAAAGUGACGAUGUCUGGGCCCUGGGCAUCAGCCUGCUAGGAAUGACUGGCCAGUGGCCGCAAUGCGAGAAGACCAAGGCCGGGUUUGCGAGAUACCCGCGACAAUGCGCAAACCACGCGCAGCAGCUUCAGAAGCUGAAUCCCAGAAACAAAAUGGUCAAUUUGUUGGUGAGACUGCUCGCUUGGAGAGCUAGAGAGCGUAUCACGGCGGACAAGUGCUAUGAGGUGACGACUCGCCUUCUUGAAGAGACAAAGGGACAAGAGGAGAGCGUUGGCACGGAGGGACUGCGAAUCAAGUCGCCUGAGCAAUUUCGGCCGAUUUCGUUUUGGUAA